AUGCUUUUCUGCAAGCCUAUUCAAAACAAGGACCAAGAUCCAAAAGCUGGCCCAGCCCCAGUAAUCCAAGACCAAGAUUCAGAAGCUGGCCUAGGCCUCGCAAUCCAAAUCUAUAGAGAGGAGCAAACAAUUAUUCAAUCUAAUAUAAACCAAAAAAAAUUUACUAUAGAAAAGCAUUUUCGAUUAAUUUACAAAAAAGAAGAAUCAGCAAUCCCCAAACCAGUAAUAGCUAGCAAGAACUAUAAUAGACAACAUAUUAUAUAUCUUAUAGCUCUUACAGAUAUUACCAAAUUUGAAUUAGAAAAAUCUUUAAUCUAUUACCAAGAGCACUGUUUCAGUUUGGAGAAGGCUACUCAAAGAGUUACUUUACCUAUCAAGGAUGUUAAUGAUUUUGAGAAGUUUAAAAAUUAUAACCAAAUGAUUAAUGCCUUAUGUGUUAUUAUAACAGAUUUUAAAGCAGACAACCAGAAAUGCAAUAAAAAAUAUGAAGGACAAAUGCGAAAACUUGCUAAGCAAAAAGCUAAUAGCUUUUGUUAUCUAGUUUAUUGGUUCGAUACUGAAGACAUAUGGAGACCUUUUCUAUAUCAAGAAGAAAAUGCUACUUAA